AGGGAGAGAGGGACAACCUCCGCUCGACCUCUUUGUCCCACUCUAAGCUGCGGCUGCUCAGCCAUUCGUCUGCCUGGAAGUUGGGCCGCCUCCCGGAAAAGGGGCGGGAACCUUGAGGUUGCUGCGUGCGGCUGCAAAACCGCGUUUUGUACAGGAAGGUUCAUUCGCUUAGUCUGCUGGUAUUGGGGCUGGCGGGCAUCCUUGUGCGUCCGGGAGCCAUGGUCUUGGUGCGUCGCGUAACGCUGCCGUUGUUGGUUGCGCUGGCGGCGGUGGGGUGUCCGCGGGUCGCCUGGUCUCUGGUGUGGUACACGGCUUGGGUGACCACGGUAUACACCGAGCCCGGCACCAACCGCACGAUGCGGAGCAGCACCGAGAGCGGCCGUUAUGGGGAAGGCUCGCCCAAGCAGAGCGCGCAAGGCCUGGUAGGCAUCCCCCGCGGCGGGACCGCCCGCCACAUGGAAGGCUGCGCUUCGGAUGUUGAGUACGAAAUCCCUAUGCCGCCCGGAACUUCCCGCGGCGGCCUGUCGAGAGACAAAGCAGCGGGGGUGUCUCGGUCCUGGAUCGCUUUGGUGACGCACGGGGGCUGCAGCUUGAAAGACAAAAUCGCCAACGCGGUGAGGAAGCGGGCGGCCGCCGUGGUGAUCUAUAACGAACCUGGGUUCGGCAACUCCACCCUCGCUAUGCCGUACAAUUACGGUACUGGUAAUACAGUUGUAAUUAUGGUUGGGUAUCUAAAAGGAAUGGAGAUCUUGGAGCCAGUGCGAAGAGGGAUUCCAGUGAGGAUGACGAUUGGUGUUGCUGGCAAGCAACAUGCACAAGAAUAUAUCAGGGGGCAGUCAGUUGUGUUUGUCUCAAUUGCAUUUAUCACCAUGAUGAUUAUAUCAUUAGCAUGGCUUAUAUUUUUUUAUAUGCAGCGCUUCCUCUAUCGUGGAUCACAGUUUAGAAACCAGGGCCACAGAGAAGAAACAAUGAAAGCAAUUGGCCAGCUGUCGCUGCAUAUUAUAAAGCAGGAAGAUAUGGGCUUGAAUGUUGGUGCUGAAAAUUGUGCAGUAUGCAUUGAAAACUAUAAACCAAAAGAUAUAGUUCGAAUCCUACCUUGCAAACAUGUCUUUCAUAGGCAUUGCAUUGAUCCCUGGUUGCUGGACCACAGAACAUGUCCAAUGUGUAAACUAGAUGUCAUCAAAGCUCUAGGAUAUUGGGGAGGACCUAAAGAUGAACUUGAAAUUGCAAUGCCUGAAUCAAUCAGUGGUAGCAUACUGGCUGGAAGCUGGAAUGUCGCUGUACAAGAAGAGGAGAGAAGUGAAACAAGUGACUUACCAGCAUCUUCUGCUAAUGAAUCUGCAUUAAAUAGUAACAGUUUAAAUGAGGAUGAUGGUGAAAGAAGAGCCUUACUUGAAAUGGAUGGCAGAAAUAGUCGACAUGAAGAACACCUGUCAAGUGGAAACACUCUGUGAAAGUUUGACUGCUUGAACUGGGAGCUAAAGAUUUAUUUUUAUUUAAAUGGUAUGGACUUGUGUCUAGCUUAAAUGCAUUACUUUUCUAAUUCAUGUUUGAAAAGGGCUAAUGACUACACAUUUUGUAAGAAAACACUCAUCUGACACAAAAUACAAUAAUUCUGGCAUGGGUUGUUGUUGUUUCUUUACCAGAAAUGAGACUGCUGAGAAAUGAGGCCAUUUCAUGGGAAACCAGAACAAAAAACAUCUGUAGGUACCUAGAAAACUGGCCUGUUUUUUUUAAAUCUUGUUUGGCACUUGUUGAGCUUGUUGCUCUUUUUUCUGGGGGGAUUUUCUUUUGCAACUCCUUUUGUAAGAAACAGCUUCCUUUCCUUUGGUUUUCUUGUCCUUUGGUUUGUAGGGAUACAAACCAAGUUAAGGAAGGGAACCUGUUUCUUGGUAAAAGAGAUGCAAAGAAAAAUCCCUCUGGAAAAAGAGCAACAAGUUCAAAAGUAGUUUCUGUGCCAGAGAGCUGUUUCAAAGAUCAGUACUGGCAGAAGUACAAAUUGCACAGGUUAACAGAUAAAUGAGGGUUUUAUCAACACUAAUUUAUUUUUUAAAAAUGGUGUUCUGAAUGCAUGGUAUAGAUCUCCAAAACAUCAGAGUAUUCCAAUGGUUGUGAGAACUUUUGCCACGUGCUUGCAGAAAAUAUAUUGGUGACUUCUUUAAUUUGCCUAUUAAUAAAUUUGAUGUUGUGCCACACAGUUGUUGCAGUUAGCAGGCAAAGUAUUAGUGCCUAGGACAGUGCAAAAGAGCUGCCUUCACUUGUGAAACACAAUUGUGUAGCAAUUGUUUAUGUUGUGCAUGGAGAGUAAUUUAACAUAAACUGUUAAAUAUUUCCUUUACCAUUGUUUCUUUGUAUGCUGCUGCUGGGUAUUUUGCUACCCAAAUUCAAUACUGAGAUGCUUGUAAAAGUUACUUAUGCAGAGGAUUUUUAGAUGCUCCCAAUUAGAAGUUUACUUAAGGUUGUUUUGUAUUACUGUGCUAGAUUAACAGUAUUGUGCCUUAUAGAGUAGUUUAAAACACUUAAGAUUGCAAUCCAGUACAUGUCUACUCAUAAGUAGCCUCCAUUGGAUCAAAUGGGACUUACUCCCAGGUAAAUGUGUACUGGAUUGCAGCCUAAACUUGAAGUGUGUGUACACACACACACGUACACACUUCACACACACAUACACAUUGUGUAUAUAUAUAUAUAUAUAUGUAUAUAUAUACAUAUAUAUAUAUACACACACACAUACAGUGCCUUGCAAAGGUG